AUGUCGACUCACGAAAUGAGAAUUGGCCUUGAGAUUGAAACUCUCCUCGGACAGAGAGAUGCCAACGCCAAAGAGCUAUCUCUCGAGAACUUUGCAAAGAUGGCGGCCAAGUCUUACAACGCGAAGAUCGACCGUAAGAAGUACUUGACAAUGCAUGCCGAUAUCGGUGGGACAUGGGACGGAGACGAGUAUAAAGACUGGUCCUUGACAGACGAUGCUACUAUUGUCGGAGCUACGAAGACUAAGUACCCUGUUGAAUUUGUCUCUCCGAUCUUGCAUUAUGACGCUACUGGAAUCUGGCGUGCUCACGUUCAGAACUUGUUCAAAACCAUGCGCGAAUUAUACCUUCUCGAGUCGAACAGGAGCUGUGGCUUCCACGUUCAUCUUUCACCUGCGGCGGGCGCAUGGUCUCUUCAGGAACUGAAAGCCAUCUGCAUGGCUGUGGUCUACUUCGAAGACGCUUUUGAGGCUAUCGUUCCUGAACAUCGCCGAGGUAAUCAAUGGAUCAAAAGCAACAGAAUCGACAACCCUGAGCUAGCGAGUCUCCCAACUGCUAAGAUAUUCGAACGAAUCAAGGCUUGCAAGAAUGCUGUCGAGAUUUCCGAUCUCAUGCAUUCCGAUAGGUAUUACGCCUGGAACUUCACUAACCUGUACUACGGUGGAAAGGCUACCAUUGAGUGGCGCCGCCCUCCCGGAGUGACCACUGCUGAGGGCAGCCUUGUAUGGGCUGAGCUCGCCAUCGACUUUUUACAGUCUGCCCGACGGCCCAGUGUGCAGUUUGGACAGUAUAGCCGAGAUGUUGAAGGACUCAGGGCUUUUGUUGGAGAUGGUGUUGUUGCUGGAAUGAGUGAUGAACGGUAUUUGAAACCUAUAUUUGAGGGCAAAUCGGGCAGUCUGAAACCUCUCAAGCUGAAGGAGAUGGAUAAGGAUAUGUUGCAGAAGAAGGCAAAGCAAGACAAGAAGAAGAACCUAAUGAUGAAAAAGCUCAGGGAGGCGCUGGCGAAGAACCCCUAUCCAAAUUAG